AUGAAGGACGCGGUCGCUUGGUUGUCGUUGUUGGCGAUUGUUUUCAAUUUGGUGACAUCAAGUCACAGCAGUUUAGUCAACAGAGCGCCUGCGCUGUCGGCGGAACAAGAGGACGGAUUGACUGCCACAGUAGGAGUUGGGGUUACACUUUGGCUCGGUGAUGGCGAGUCUUGCACCGCUGAAACUAUCACCGGAACUUCCACGCAGACUGGGAAUAUCUCUCCAGGCGCGACUACAAUUACUAUCACCGAGGCUACUACCAAGACUAUUAGUGGUUGUCGAAAUGGCCCUACCCUGAGUGCCAACGCCGAUGUUGGCAUUGGACCGGUGGCUGUUUAUGCAAAUCUCGCCAUAGCGUUGCCCGGAAAUGGAUCUAUAAAGACGGUCACGGAUUAUACAACCAUUACCCGGACAUCGUGCUCAUGCACAGAUGACUCGACUGUCACGCCGACAACCUCCAGCAUGCCUGGGACGACCACCUCGAGCGAACCGGUGACAACCACCUCGAGCGUACCGGUAACAACAACCUCCAGCGUGCCUGGGACAACCACGUCCAGCGUAUCGGUGACAACCACCUCGAGCGAACCGGUGACAACCACCUCGAGCGUACCGGUAACAACCACCUCCAGCGUGCCUAGGACAACCACGUCCAGCGUAUCGGUGACAACCACCUCGAGCGUCCCGGUGACAACCACGUCCAGCGUACCGGUGACAACCACUUCGAGCGUACCGGUAACAACAACCUCCAGCGUGCCUGGGACAACAACCCCAACAACAUCGACGACCAUUAGUGAUUCAACUACCACUCCCCCGGGAACUACGACUACAGCAACCACUACAGUGACAACCAGAACCACUUCCAGCUCUGUAGGUGUUACUACUAUUCCAGAGUCGACAACAUCAGCGAUUACCACCGGUGGUUCAACUGUCACAAUCCCAAACACCACUGUCACUGUACCGGGAACAACACUUCCAGGGACCACUGUCACGACAAUUAUUACUGAGCCUGCCACCACCUUUACUGUAUCGGAUGGUAGUAGCACUUUAUCCGGGUCGACCCGUACCACAACUGUCACCGGUCCUCCAAAUACAGUGACUGUCAGCGAUUCAACAACCAUUAUCGACACUGUCACUAUCCCAGAUUCGCAAACAACCAAAACAGUCCCUCCAUCUAGUACUGACGCCGUUACCGGGCCAGGUACCACAUCGACCCAGAUUUCUGGCAGCCCUACGACGGUAUCUGUCUCUGUAUGCUCCAGUCUUAUUAGCAAUCCAUCGUACACACCCUCCGCCGUGUUGCCAGAUGACUAUACCUGGGGCUGCGCACCCGGGUAUCUCUGUAAACCACGCCAUACAGGUGACCGCUCGGAAUGCAACGUUGAAGCAGGUCUUCCUGACCCCGGAUACGUCUGCAGCCCCUCAGACUGCAUUGUGGCUCCGCCUUUAGACGUUCAUCCGUCUUGGCAGUACAAUGUCUCGAAUAAUUAUUACAACCUCAACCCGGAGGACUUUGGUCUCAAUUACUCUAUCUUCCAGUUCUCGGAAGACCCAGUUGCAGCCAACAGUAAGCGCGACAUGUACUUAUGGGACUUCGCUGUCGCCCAAAAGAUCAAAAGGGUCGACAUAACGAAUAUUCCUACUGUUUGUUACAAUGAUUGCAACGAUGCUGCACAUGAGCCGCAGAUGCUUGGAAAGACACCUGAGCUUUGCAAGAGUGACUCGGCGUUCAUGGAAAACCUGGAUAUUUGCGAGGAAUGCAUUACUAAUAACGUUGAAUCUGACUCUAAUCAAUAUUCGUCCAGAAUGUUGCCAACGUUUGCACAGUGGCUGAAUUUCUGCUCCGAUAUGGUCACUUCCACAACAGGGGAAAGUGCCACUAGCACUAAAAUGGAAACUACGGCGACGAGCACCCGAAUCACCACUACUACCAGUACGGAAGCAACGACAGCAGUCACAAUCACGAGUACUGAAGCGACGAGCACUGAGAAUACGAGCACCGAGGCCACAAAUACCGAGACAACGAGCACUCAGUCCUCCGAAGAAAGCACUGCUACCAUUGGGACCGAUGAAUCAUCCAGCCCAGUGGAGACAACUCAUCCAGUCACUCUCAUCACAACCUCAGUGACUGGUUCACUUGUGACAACUUCUUUCUCUGGAUAUGUUGUGACAAUCUCAACGUCAGGAUCCCUCAUCACAAGCUCAGUACCUGGAUCGAUUGCGACAACAUCAGUCUCUGGUUCGCUUAUCACCACAUCAUUGCCCGGUUCAAUCAAGACCUUGUCCAGCACUCUGGGCACAGGGGCUGGCGAUUCUUCCGGUAGUGAAUCGGGUCCGGGUCGCGGAAGUCAGACUGGUUCGGCAACUCCCUCUACCUCUUCUCCGGCCUUCAAUGCGGCAAGAUCUUUAAAUAUCCCGCAUAUUGGCUUAAUAGGUCUAUUAUGGGCUGCCUUCGCGCCACUUCUUUAG